AUGACCCUGCCGGGCUCAUACACCUCUCAAGAAGGUGCCAGUGUACCUUAUGCUGCUGGAUUCGAUGGUGGACAAGGUGACUUCGUAGUGAUCAGCUCGGACAAGAAAGCAUUUUGUGCAGAGAGCUCGAAAUUAGCCGAAGCAAGUAAGGUCUUCCGUUACAUGCUGGAAGUUAGUGACUCAAAUCAACAGAAAGAACUGAAGUUGGAUCAUUGUUCGGAAGUCCUUCAUAUCUUUCUAUCCGCCCUCAUGGACAGAUACGUCAAUCUAGAAUACGUUCAAUGGUCGAGGAUCAAAGAGGUGGGAGCGCUCUUUCUUCGUUUCGAAACUUGCCAUCAUGGACCGGAACUCCUCAAAAGCUGGAUUCGAGCGGGUCCUUGUGGGGUGAACCACUUUGAGAUGUUCGUGCUAGCAAGCAAAUUCGACGAUGUAGCAACAGGGUCUUGGGUCAUCCGCGAUAUAGGUUGUCCUGGCAGAAUCGGUCACCCAGGAGAAUUUUGGACGAAAGAUCGGUGGCCUCAGUCUGAGUUAAGACAGCUAUCCAGUGCCUGGAUUGGCGCUUAUGCCAAAGCUCAUGCCCAAUGCCAGGAGAAAUACGAAUGUCUUUCAAGCACUUACUGGCGUGCAAUUGCCAGUGGAUUCCUUGCAAAUGUGCUCUCUGUGAGUCUGAACCUUUUUGAAAAGCUGAGCUGA